UACCAGUACGCUCAAGAGCAGCUAACUCCUCUGCCAUUGCCUCCUACCACUCAGGAUGAAGGAUAGCAUCGCGAUAUGAAGUCGGCUCAGAAAGGACGGUAGAAGAAAAGGCGGUGGGAUCGUACCAAGCAGGAGGCCGACGAACUCAACAACCACGUCCAAGAAGCAGCUCAGGCGCAGGCGAAGGAGAGGUGUUAGAAGAAGAUGCCGAAGCAUUAGGAGAAGACACAGGAGAAGAGUCAUCAGAAGAAGACACAAACCGUCGUGCAUAGACAUGUGGGUAUAGUUAGGAACCAAAGGAGAAUUUUCAGGAGACGAAACCACAGAAGAAGGCAAAAUAGAAGAGUACUCUAUAGGCAAAGGUACAAGGCUCGAAGGAGGCGCAAGAGCAAUAGGUGUAACGGGAAAAGUCAAGAAAGAAAGCGGCUCGACCAAAGACGACUAUGAAACAUCAGAGGAAGGACAAGGAUAGAAUGGACGAGACUCAUCGAAGACAACGUCGUGAGAAAUCCGCAUCCGACGACUAACAGGAUCCCAGCAACGAUAUCCCUUAUGCUCAGAACUAUAGUCAAGGAAAACACACUCAACAGACUGUGAAGUUAGUUUGGUACGCUCCCGAGGUGGAAGAAGAACAUAGCAAACACAACCAAACAGUCUAAGCAAAGAGUAGUUAGGUAGACGCCCAAAAAGACGCUCAAACGGAAUCCCCCCUGAAGAGCAGCGGAAGACUGAAUGUUAAUAAGAUCGAGGCUUGGUUCCAUCUCCAAAUGUGCAAACUAUUUCUUCAGACGCUCUUACAUGGUCCUCCAAAGAAAUCCCUUGUUAGUUCACCUUACAUGGUCCUCCAAAGAAAUCCCUUGUUAGUUCACCUUAUUUACUUCAUGUCAAUAUCAUUUACUGGUUUCCUUGCCCUUAAGAGUCUCACUCCGCAGCAUAAGCCAAUUCCAAGGAGCCUGGACCUUGCCUUCACCUCUGUGUCCACACUGACUGUCUCAAGCAUGGCAACGGUCGAGAUGGAGGACUUCUCUGACCAGCAACUCUGGGUUUUGAUCCUUCUGAUGCUAUUGGGGGGAGAAGUGUUCACUUCAAUGUUGGGGCUGCACUUAAAGAAUGCCAGGGCCAACACAUAUGAUAUCCUCCAGAAGAGACUGCCUUCAACAUGCAGGGACAUUGAAUUCGUUGAUUCUGUAAACAGGAGUUGUUGGAAUAAUAUGGAAGACAUCAAUCCAGAAGCAACCACAUCACAUAAACAGGUACAGGAAAGCAAAAGCAUGAAUCAGAAUUAUUGCAAUAUUUUGGCUCAUGUCGUGGCAGGAUACUUUGUAGUGUGCAUUAUUUGCAGCUGUCUAGUUAUUACCAUUUACAUUUGGACUGAUUCAGAAGCAAAAUAUCUGCUGAAGAGUAAAAACAUCAAAAUAUGGACGUUCUCCAUCUUCACAGCAGUGUCCUCAUUUGUAAACUGUGGCUUCACUCCAGUAAAUGAUAACAUGGCAAUAUUUAGAAAGAACCGUGGUAUUCUCCUUCUAGUUAUCCCACAGAUUCCAGCAGGCAACACAUUGUUCACACCACUCUUGAGGCUAAGCAUAUGGGCCUUGGGAAGGAUCAGCAGAAGAGAGGAAUAUACCUACAUUCUUCAGUACCCAGUGGAGACUGGCUACAUGCAUAUGCAACAAAAGAAGAAUGUUAUUAACCUGGUUCUGGCUGCAGUGGGGAUCAUUUUGCUGCAAGUGAUGUUUCUUUGCUAUUUUGGGUGGGACUCAAAGCCCAUGGAGGGAUUGAAAUGGUUCCAGAAGUUGGUGUGCACACUGUUCCAGAGUGUGAAUAGAAGGCAUGCUGGUGAAACUGUCAUUGACAUCUCAAACCUUCCUCCAGCAAUAUUGGUGCUGUUUGCUCUUUUCAUGUCAGUAAGCCCCCCAAUCCCUGUUCACAUAGUUAAUUUCAGUCAGUUCAUUGUUACUUAG